AUUUCUGGGUGUUCACAACGGAUCGCAAUCCACAUAAGGACCCGACGAAUAUCGGGUAAGGUCUGCUGGAAGCGACUCGGACCCGAGCGUUAAUAUUUGUCGAAGCAAAUGGUAUAAAGAGGCGCCGUGCGCGCCGUCCAAGUAAGGUAUCCCAUCAUCUGUUCUGUUUCCCAAAAUCACAAUCCUCACACGCAUUGGCGCAAUGGCACCUCUCUCCAUCCUCAUCGUAGGCUGCGGCAUCGCAGGCCCGACACUCGCAAGUUUCCUCCUGCUAUCGCCUCUCGCGGCAAAAGAAAAGCCUCACAUCACUAUUCUCGAGCGCUCCCCCGCCCUCCGCACCCAAGGGCAGAACGUCGACAUCCGCGGCGCGGGAAUGACAAUUAUACGCAAACUGGGACUGGAGAGUACGAUACGCACGUGUCUUACGGGCGAGGAGGGCGCGCAGAUUGUGGACGCUCAGAAUCGCGUUUGGGCUGAGUUUGGCGUUGAUAGAACGGGCAAGGUGCAGACUGGGACGAGCGAUAUUGAGAUUCUGCGUGGACGGCUCGCCGAGAUUUGUUAUAAGCGGAGCAAGAGUGUUAGUGAGCAAGUGGUGCGGCAGGGAGGUGCAGGGGUGGAGUAUGUGUAUGGGGAUUAUCUCGAGACUAUUGACCAGGAUGGGCAAAAGGUGCAUGUGACCUUCAGAAACAGCGGAGAGAAGAGGAGUUUCGACUUGCUGGUGGGGGCGGAUGGACUGCAGAGUCGAACGCGCAACAUGGUCUGGGGCGCAGAAGGGGAAGACGACAGAGUGCGACAACUGGGCUUGUAUAUCGGCUUUUUCAGCAUCCCGAGUGCCGCCACCGACAAUGAGUGGCGACGGUGGUUCCACGCUCCCGGGAGGAAGGGCAUCAUGCUACGGCCCAGCGAGGUCAAAGACCGACGUACCGUCUCCAUGGGCGUCAUCAACGAGGAAGACACCAGAUUCAAGGAGGCCGCAGCGGACGGUCGGAGAGGCAUGGCGUUCCAGAAAGCGCUGCUCAGGGAGUACUUCCAAAACGAAGGCUGGGAAUGCGAAAGGCUGCUCCGAGAGAUGGACGCCACGUCCGACUUCUACUACGACAUGGUCGCGCAGGUGCGCAUGGACAAGUGGAGCAAAGGGCGAGUGGUGCUGCUCGGCGACGCGGCAUACUGCGCCUCUCCCAUUUCCGGCAUGGGCACCACCCUGGGCCUCAAUGGAGCCUACAACCUCGCUGGCGCUCUCCUCCGCCAUCCCGAGGAUCUCCCCGCCGCGUUCUCAGAGUACGAGGAGGCCAUGCGGCCAACGGUUGAUCGCGCGCAGAAGUUGGCGCCGGGCAUGCCUCGUCUCAUCCACCCGGAGACGGUGUGGGGAAUGUGGGUGAUGCGCGCGAUCUUGUGGACCAUUUGGUGCUCAGGCUUGCAGUUGCUCAUGUUCAAACUUGCUGGGCCGCCGGCGAACGCGGUGCCGGUGGUGGAGUAUGGGUUUCGGGAACUGCAAGACACGCCAAUUGAUUUGGAGAAGUGAGGUAUUAAUAGUUAGUGGUUAAUGGCAGGCCGACGUGGCAUCUUCAUCAUGCGUAGCGCGUAUCUGCCGCCAUUGAUUGCCUUCGAUGCCACUUGAUAAUGGAACGCGGAGCAAUCACCGGCGAGACGGGCAGACAGGGUUGCGGAGCCUCAUAUCGCUUAUCCCGACAGGGGAAAGCGUUGCUCAAUCAGGCAGUGGCAUCCUGGUUACAUUACCUUAUCACUUGGAUAUGCCGCGCACACCAGAGAGAAGACGAGGUCUGUGAGAUGAAGAAUAAGCCAAACAGGGAAGGCGAGCAGAAUGGAAAUUGUUGCGGAAGAGAUC